AAAGCCAUGGUAGACGCUUCAGAGAUUUCAGUUGUGAAGUGAAGUGUGCCUUAACUGAACCCACUCUCUCAAAUUCCGACGAUUCAAAUUCAAAUCCCGGGUUGGGUGGUCAUCAAUGAUCGGAGACCGAAAGCCGGAAAUGGGGGAAAGCUUCAUUGAUGUGAUCGACAUAUCACCUUCUCCGCCGGAGAAAGAGAGGAAAGUGUUCCAUUUCACUUCGUCUUCUUUGGAGGAUACUGGAACCCCAAUCAAACACAUUCUUUGUCUCAAGAAUCCCUACGAUAUCAAAAGAUUUGAAGAGACAGAGGAGUGUUUCAUCCUUGAUUAUGAUCCAUUUAACACCAUUGAUAUAUCUAAUCUCUCUGUCUCAAAAUCCCCCAAAUCCGAUGAUGGCGGCGGCGGCGGCGGUACUCCUGAUUUAGCCGUUCUAGCCGAAAAGGGCAAGGUGGCUUGUAGGGACUACCCUCACUCAAGGCAUCUUUGUUUGAAAUUCCCAUUUGAGAAAACCUCUCAUGAAAGUUAUUGUGAACUGUGCUAUUGCUAUGUUUGUGAUGUACCUGCUCCAUGCUCAACUUGGACAGAGCCAAAACCAGCACAUUGUCAUGCAUUAGAGCAAGAUGGUGAUUGGAAGUUCCAAAGAAACAUGAGGAAGAAGCAACCUCAAGGUUUUCAUUGAAGAAUUAUACUUAUGUUUUAGGAUCUGGUGCUGUCAUUCUGGCACUUUUGCUAUUUUUAUCAACACAUAUGUAAAAAGAUAAGGAUAGUUUGGUUGUUUCAUUUUAGCUUAAAGGAGGCAGAAGACAGCAUUUGCUUUUCUGGGUUAUUGUAUCAUUGACUCCUCUUAAAGCUUUUAAGUUUAUACCAAAGUGAGUAAUGUAACAAGAAUGUUUCCAGUU